AACUUCCUCAUUCACCCACUAAUGUUCUGCGUGACUUAAGAGCACACUCCUGAAACAAGAACAGAAAACUGACGGCCAAAACACGCACCGCAGAGGCAGAGGCGACCCGGGGUGUACAGUCUCUCCCUGAUGAAGUAGCACAGCUGGACGUCUUUGGAGCAGGAUAUAUCUCGUGGGGCUGAGCAGGACUGAGAAGGUCAGGUAGAGAAGCUGGUCAGACUCCACUGCCAGCAUGCUCCGGCAGUCUCUGAGCAUCCUGAAGCAGUUUGGCUCUGCGGCAAGGUCACAAGAUGCCACUGAACUUCUACACAUGGACCUGGUUAUGGUGGAGAAGCGGGUGGAACCGGCCAAGAAAGCGGCUCAGGUCCUUCACAAGAAGCUGCAGGGCUGCAUGCAGAGUCAGACAGGCCUGGAGGCUGAAAGACGAAUGAAAAAGCUGCCUCUGAUGCUGCUGUCUGUCAGCAUGGCAGAGAGCCUCAAAGACUUUGAUGCACAGUCGUCUAUCAGGAGCGUGUUGGAGAUGUGCUGUUUCAUUGAGCAGACGCUGGCCACCAUGCUGGCAGACUUUGAGAUGAAAGUGGAGAAGGACGUUCUGGAGCCACUCAACAAGCUCAGCGAGGAUGAUUUACCAGAGAUUCUCAAGAACAAGAAGCAGUUUGCAAAGCUCACAACAGACUGGAACAACGCAAAAACCAGGAGCCAAGCCAGCACUGGUCCCCAGGCAAAGCAAGAUGGGCUCAGGGAGGAAGUGGAAGAAGCUUGGAAGAGGUUGGAGAACAUCAAGGACCAGUAUUCUGCCGAUCUGUAUCACUUUGCAACUAAAGAAGACGACUACGCUGACUACUUCAUCCGUCUUCUGGAGCUGCAAGCAGAAUAUCACAAAUAUUCCCACGAGUGCCUGGACAAAUACAUCAGCGAGCUUAAAGGGAGUCUCAGUCGAAAAGGGCCACCGCUAAGCCUCUCUAAUCAGAAGGUCUACGGGGAGCCUCUCCUCUCUCAUCUCUCUCAAAGCAACAGAGAAAUCGCUGCUCCCAUCCAGGAAUGUAUUCACAUGCUGUUGAGGACGGGCAUGAAUGAGGAGGGUCUAUUCCGUCUCGCGGCGGCAGCCUCGGUGGUGAAAAGGCUGAAGUCUUGUUUGGAUCAAGAAGCGGUCGACCACAGCGAGUUCAGCAUGGACCCUCACGCUGUGGCCGGAGCUUUGAAGAGUUACCUGCGAGAACUUCCCGAACCUCUCAUGACCUUUGAACUCUACAAUGACUGGUUUAAAGCAGCAGGGGAAAAAGACCUGACAGAGAAGCUGGAGCAGUUCAGAGUGCUACUGAAGCAGCUGCCUCCUGACAACUACAACAACCUCAGGUACCUGGUCCAGUUCUUGUCUCUGCUGUCUGAGCAGCAGGCUGUAAACAAAAUGACCCCCAGUAACAUCGCCAUCGUCCUGGGGCCCAACCUGCUCUGGCCACGAGCUGAAGGGGAAGUUGCUCUGUUUGACAUGGCGUCAGCUUCCUCAGUCCAAGUGGUGACGGUCGUUGAGCCUCUCAUUCAGUACAGCUCCAGCCUCUUCCUCGAAGCUGUAUCCUUUGAGAUCCCAGACCUUCCUGAGGUCCCAGAUGGGUCCCUGCCAAUUCCUGUCGCCCAGUCUCUGAUCUCAGAAAAGGAGAAAGUGAGCAGAACAGUCUCCUCCUCUUCAUCCACAGCCUCCUCCUGCUCCUCUCAUCACUUCCCUCUCUCAAAGUCAAACAGCACAACCUCUCAGGACAGCGGUGGCUUCUUCCUGGUGAAAUCUGGCUCUGUGAAUCGCAGUGGCACCUCCACGUGGGGCAGCCCUGUAGCUGACACGGCGGCACCAACCCAUCAAAACGCAACAUCCAGCAGCUCGUCCUCCCUCAAUCCCAGCCCCGCCGUGGCCUCCAACGCCUCCGCCGCCUGUGGCUCGACAGCGCUUCCUAAAGCGACUGGAUCGGCGCAAAACCCGGGUCUGGUCAGGAGUCCCACCCAGAAGCAGUGCCCGGAUCAAGGCCAGCUGGAGCCAAUUCUGGAGACUCCUCCAGACUCUCCAGGAGUUACUUUAGUGAAGAUCAGCACACCGUAUAAACCAAAAAGAACUUUCAACCCGACCAAAGCUAACCAACCUAGCGAGCAGUUGACGGUUCAGUUCUCUAAACCCAGACCCCCGCCACCUCCCAAGGCCCCUCCACCCCGCACCACCACCACCACCACCACCACCACCACAGCCCCGGUCGCUGUGGACACAAGGACCCAGCCGACGCCUCCGACGCCUGCACCCCGAGCCCUGUCGGCCAACUCGGUCAAAAAGCCUCCUCCGAAAAGGCCUGGAGUCAGAGCCCCAAACUGCCCUCCACCUCUUCCUCCACCAGCACAGCCAAAAGCCGUUCCGUCUUUAGCACAGUGA